CUAAAGUAAAUACUUUUAAUCAACUUUAUUUCUGUCAACAGAAAGUAGACAGUUAAUAAAUUUUAAGUCCAGGACAUACAGGGAGUCAGAUGAUUUAGGUUCCUGGUGAGAAAAGCUUUAAUGAAUAAAAAGACUUACAGAUAUCACAUCAAUUGUUAGAAAAUAGUGGAUAUUAUCAAAGUAUCUAAAGUUUCCAGAAGUGUUUAUCCUUUAGAAUUGUUUAUUCUCCCAGCAUUCUGGUUCAUACUACAAGUUUGCUAGAAAAUCUCAAAAAAGUAAAAACAACAACAACAACAGCAACAAAGACCCACAACCAAACACUAGAAACGAUACAAAAUAAAUCUCUGUCCAAUUCCAGGCCAAAUCAAUAUUAAUGAGUUUCCUCAUGCAAUCCUCUUAAUGAUGAAAGUUUAUAAGAAAACAAGAAAAUAAUGUAUUUAGGGACAGUAUACACUGAUUUAAGUCUGGAAGCCGUAAUUUCUCAUUUCUCUCUCUUGAUUGCUACAUUAUUUGAAAACUCCACACUUCCUCUUGAAAAUUGGUAAUCCUCAGGCAACGGAAAAUCCAGCAGUAAACAGACACACGGGAAGUGACAGCAUUUAGAACUUUUCAUUUCAAAGACCUGAAAGUACUUGCCAAUAAGGAACACCUUAAACUUCACUGGACCUGCCCUCGGAGUCACUUUGUAGUUUGAGGGAACAAAGAGCGCUAGCCACACAGUUAAGCAAACAGCAUAGAGGAGACGAAGAAAAAACAAGGAGAAGACGACCAGCAACAUCAGCAAAAGCUCUUAGAAAGGAAGGCAGCGGGGGAGGGAGGGGUAUACCCAAAUUAUAUAUGGGCAAGGGCGGAGGAGUGACCAGCAAUUUAGAAUGUUGAGUAAACAGAGUUCUGGAGAAGCUGAAAAACAACUUGAGACGUGGAAUGGAAUUAAAGGAAAAGCAGCGCCAGGGGGCCGGGGGUCGGGGUGACCGGGCAGAGUGAAAGUGUCACUCCUCUCCAUAAACUGCGGGACCCCCCCCAUCCGCGGGGCAAUCUCAUUUUUUCACCCACUCCACGAAUUCCCUGUCUUCUGCACUGAACGAACACGCGGCAAGCCCGUGAAGGUAGUUGGAGCCCCCUAGAAAUGGAUAAAUUCGUCAUUCGAACGCCUAGAAUCCAGAAUAGUCCUCAGAAGAAAGAUCCUGGAGGAAAGAUUUACAAGCAGGCCACGAUUGAAUCUCUGAAGAGAGUUGUGGUUAUCGAAGACAUAAAAAGAUGGAAAACUAUGUUGGAGCUUCCUGAUCAAAGCAAAGAAAAUCUAGUUGAAGCCUUACGAGAAUUAAAGAAGAAAAUACCCUCCAGGGAAGUGUUAAAAUCAACCAGGAUAGGUCACACUGUGAACAAGAUGCGUCGACACUCAGAUUCAGAAGUGGCUUGUCUUGCCAGAGAAGUUUACACUGAGUGGAGAACUUUCAUUGAAAAACAUUUGGAUAGACCUUCUAUUGAAGUCCGAAGUGAUCCCAAAACCGAGACAUUCCGGAAAAAAGCCCAGAAAUUACUCUCAGAAGCCUUGGAAUUAGAGAUGGAUCACCUACUGGUUGAAAAUAUUGAGCGGGAAACGUUUCAUCUCUGCUCCCGCCUCAUUAAUGGGCCUUACCGGCAGACGGUGAGAGCCCUGGUCUUCACAUUAAAGCACCGAGCCGAAAUCCGGGCUCAGGUGAAGGACGGCUCACUGCCGGUCGGCACGUUUGUACAGACCCACAAAAAAUGACCUGAGGAUGGUUCCGGCCCUGGGCUGGGCACAAAGGGGAACGCGCCUCUCUCUGCCAUUCAAAGACUCUUUUGAGUUUGGGUGACGGCUGGUGCUGGCUGUGCUCCAUUUUCCCCUAGUGCCAUUCCUUCAGACAGACCGAGGACACACAGAGCC